GUAUUGGAACUGUGGCACUGCUUUGAGCUUUCCGACUCUGCAGAUGUUUUGCACAAUGCACAUAUACGUGACUGGUGCAAGCUGGGAAGUGCGGGUUUUUUCUAGCCCCUCCCUUGUUAUCCUAUAGCGUUUAUGGAUUGUGGUCUGGCUGUGCGCUAUGCCACUUGAGUCAAAUAUAGAAGGAACAGCUGAAGCCGAAUAUAAACCACUCAAUUUAUCCCGACCCCCCAUAUAUGAGAAUGUUUGAGUUAAAAAAUGUCUAUCCGCAUUGCCGCCGUUUGUAUACACGAUACACAAAGAACAUCAAAACGAAUGAUUACGCUCCUCAAAUGCAAUGAUAUAGAUAGUACGUUGCAUUCUCAUCCCAAACUUACGUACAAGAUCCACAUCUUCUAACUUGUGUGGAUUAAGAAGAACAAGUUCGUGAAGGCAAAGGAAGCGGAAUGUGCCCAGGGCGGCAUAUCAGCAGCACGCAACAGGGGUAGAGUUAACUCGACCAGACUCCCAUACACCCCUCCGAGGACACGCCUUUCUAUAGCCUACAACCCUAUUUACAACCUCGGAACGUCGAGUCUAUCAACGGAUAAAUCAUCAAUUUACACCGGAAACAUUCGUUCAUAUACUGAUGAAAUUAUGCUGAAAAAUUGGAUCAUUCUUGCAGCUGCUAGUUGUGCAGUCUCAGCAGUCUACACAUCUCGGAAGCAGAUAAACCAUGGUGGUUAUUUGAGUCUGGAUCUUCCCGAAAGGACAGAAAAAUUGGAGUUCGCUUCUGCUGAUGAGAAAACCCAUGUUACUAUCUGGGAACGGCGGAUUAUCUUUCCUAAUAAAGUCAGUAAAGGCACAGUGCACUCCUCCAGUGAUGGCUGGACCUUCCAACUCAGGCAUAUUACGUUUGAUGACGAGGGAACAUACACCCUGUUCAAUUCGUGGAAUUCUGUUAUCUCCACCUACAUUGUAAAGGUUGAAACCAAAAGAAGCAUGAUUGAAUGCAUCGCAGGUGAAACCCUCAGCAUAUCUCUGGAAGGAAUCAAUCUGGGUGAUGCCACUCUUCGCUUUUACAACAACCAUUCAGUUGUGACCCUGGUGGAGAACGGAAUCCCUGUGGGUAAUGCAGACCCAGACUACAUCAACCGACUUAAAGUAAGCACUGAAAAGAUCAAGGUGCUUAAUGUCAACGUAUCAGAUGUAGGCAGAUACCAACUCACCGAUCACAAACGUCGAAACGUGUCAAACAAUACAAUGAUAUUAGUGGAAAAACACAAUUUCACUCCAAAUAAAAGUCUUAUCGCUCUGAUUCUUCUCGGGAUUCCGGGGAGCAUCUGCUUCUGCUGCAGGAAGAGAAUCUGUAAAAGGUGUAGGAACAAUAAAUCACAAACAGAUAAUGACAACACCCUCAAUCCCCUGCCUGAGUCUGUACCAAUCUGCUAUCCAGUGACUGACCCCUCACAGGGUUAUACGGCUGGCUAUCCCACUCUUCCAGACCAGGGUCAGAAUCCCUUUCCACCUCCAAACCAAGGUCAAAUGCAUUAUCCUCCACCAGACCAUGGUCACAUUCAAUAUCCUCCACCAGACCCAAGUCAGAUUCAGCAUCCUCCACCAGUCCCAAGUCAGGUUCAGUAUCCUCCACCAGUCCCAAGUCAGAUUCAGUAUCCUCCACCAGACCCAAGUCAGAUUCAGCAUCCUCCUGCACCACAAUGGAGCGGACAACCUGCUUUUUCUCCUAACCCUGGCUUUAAUCCUGAUUAUGCGUCACAGAACCCUGCUUAUCCUCCUGGACCUUUAGGAUCCCCAGCCCAGCCCCCCCAGUGGAAUGUUUCUCCAAACCAGUACAACCCACCUGCUCCUACGAAUUACAAUCCACUGAUGAACAGCGCUCCAUCUGGGCCUCAACCCACAACAUACAAUGAAUCGUCUCCUGCUGCAUCACUAGUAGCACCUCAGCCCGAGUCUGAUGCACCGAGAGUUUCCGUUGAUGUCUUGAACUCCUCAGACUCAGCUGGUGUCCAUUUUGACAUUGACAAAGGGAAAUCUUCCACCAGCAAUUUCCUGUAGUUGCCUAAACUGCACGUAAAUACUUUGUGUGAAAAGAAAUAAACAAAAAUACACAGAUGUGGUCAUAUAAAAUGCAAGACUUCAAUACUAAUAAUAAUACUAAUACUAAAAUGCUUUUCAUAGCUUUCCUGUGGCUCAGUAGUUAGAGCAUGGCACUAGCAAUGCUAAGGUUAUGGGUUCGAUCCCAGGAGAUUGCACAUUGUCAGAAGAAGAAAAUUAGAAUACAAUGUAAUGUAAGUGUCUGCAAAAUGCAUAAAUGUAAACGUAUCGUAAAUUAAUGUAUUUUAGCUAAAAUUACUACCUCUACAUUAAUGAAGAUGAUGUUUGCCAUUGCGACUCAGUGUGUUCCUUAAAACUGUGACUCUCUUAAAACCAGCAGUUUUUUGCUACAGGCUGGAUUGCAACCUCACAUUUAUCAAAUGGCUAAAACUUAAUCAAAAAUAAUCUUCCUUCAGGAUUUCUCCUUUCGUAAAUCAUUUUUCUUUUUGAAAUACAAAUUUGAAACCAAUCUUUAAAGUUUUUAUAGUGCAGUAAGUACUUUUAAGAUUUUUGUCACCACCAUGCAAAAAAACUUCCAAAGAUGUUAAAUGUCAUUCUUUUCUUACCUUCGUAUAUUUUCUGCUUGUCCUGUCUAAUAUGUAUGAAAUGUUAAAAAAUUAUAAUUCUAUACUAUGUGGCUAAGUUUCUGCUGCACUAUGAAGUUACUGCUUCUUUAUUUGUUUUCUAAAUCACACGUUACAUUAUUCUAUGUACGUUUUUGUAUUAGCUUGUGUUGUUUUAAAUUACAACAAACAGCAUGUCAGCUUAAAGCACGGUUUGCCUUCUAUUGUAGUAAAAACAACAAAGCGUUUAUACUUGAAUCUCAUACUAUUCUUUUACUUACCCGUGCCUGUAAUCACUGUCUUAGUUUGUAAAUACAGUUUGUGUAUAACAUGCAUACUGAUGCCUACCAAUGUACUAAUGUAGCCUACUAGCCUAACACUGCCCUAACUGCCUUACCCAUGCUCACUUUUUUCAAUUUCUUUUAAACUAUGUAUUCCUGCAGGUUAUCUAUAUUUUUUAGGCUGUUUAAAGUUUCUUGUUAAUGCUGAAUGAGGCACAAUAGAUUGUUUUGCAGAACAUAAUCAACACUGUUCCAGAAGCUUCCUGUUUCAGUUUUUUAACCCAUAACUUUAGAAAAAUUACAAACAGCAAAAAAUCUACAACCGAAUCAAAAUGUUAAACAAACAUUUAUAAGAAAUAAUUAUAAACUGAAUUGAAUUGAAACAGGAACAGGGUUGUUUACAUCUUGCAAAAUGCUAAUGUUUUUUUUACAAACCAUAUGCAGUUAUUAAUCACUUGGACUGGAAUAGCAAGAAUGAUAAUAAACAAUGACAUGGUAAA